AUGGUGAAAAAAGAUAGCAUAUGGAUAUUGUGUAGGCUUCAUUGUUCUGAUAAAGAGGAUUUUGCUAAUAAAAACGAGCAAAAUAAUAUUUUCAAAAUUUUGCAAAAUGCAAAUAUACCAUUGUCUUCUUUAAUUAAGGAAGAAUAUGAAAAAAAGGGCUCAAUAUUGUUUGGAGAAAUAUUUAAGAGUAUUAUUUUUAGCCGUUUUCAUAUCAUAUUCACAAAUUUAAAACUUAGGAUUUUUAUUAUUCGAGCUAGUAAUAAAUAUAAAAACGAAAUUUCCCUUUUAUCUCAAUUUGUAACAAUUUGUGAUGAUUAUUUUAGUGUCCAAUUACUGUAUAUCGGGGUAACAUUGAACAAAUGCAAAAAAUACAUAAAGGAAUUAUUUAUAAGACUGAAAAUCGAAGAAUCUAUCCCAAUAAUUUUAAAGGAACUAGAAAAUCCAAUGUAUUACGGAUAA